AUGAGUAUUAACGCUACAAGAAGGWCUUACCUCAGGUUCUUAGUGUCAGUGUGUGUCAAGACUUCUUUUCCUGGCAACCUUCACUUGGUCUUGGUGCUUCGCCCCACCAGCUUGCUGAGCUCCACCCCCAGUCCGUCCUCCAGCACAGAUCUGGGUUUUCGCUUCAGCCAGGAUGACUUCCUCCUAAAGAUGCCGGUGGUGAUGCUGCGCUCAGUGGGUGACCUGCUGCGCUACAUCGAUGAAAACCACCUGGCAUCAGACUUUACUGCAAAGGUGGAAUAUUGCCAAAGCGACUGGGUCCUCCUGCGAUCGUCCAUUGAGACYUUUGCAGUGACAGUGAAAGAGAUCGCUCAGCUGCUGCAGGGAUUCGGCUCUGAGCUGUCUGAGACCGAACUCCCAGAUGAAGCUAAUGCCAUUGAAUUCCUGCUCCACUCCCACUCACAUCGAUACAGACAGAUGAAGGAUGACAUCCGGGGCGUGCUGAAAGAAGGACGCCUGCUGCUGUCAAACCUGGAAACAGUUAAAGCUGCAAAGAGAGAAGCUGAGGAAGAGCGGGAAAUACAAGCAGACAUGGAAACUGUUCAGAGGCUUCUGGCACAGCUCAGAGACAUGGAGGAGGCUUUUGAUGGUUUCUUUGAAAAACACCACCUGAAGCUGCAGCAGUACCUCCAGCUGCUGCAUUACGAAAGCAGCUUCCAGCAGAUGGAUGAGGUGCUGGAGCGGAUCUCGGCCCAGGAGAAGGAAAUCGCCUGUGUGGGAACUACAGUGGUUCAGACAGAACAGCUACUCAGAGAUCUGGACAGUCUGGAUAAACGAGCUCAGGUCACGAAACACACACACARAGAUUCACUUCACUCRAUGUUCAGGUGCAUCUCAAUAAAUGACAACAAUAUUGAAAAGUUACUGAAUUCAAAAGGUGAAACUAAUUUUUCAGAUUAAUUCAACAGAAUGAUAGAGGCUCUUCGGUGGUGUGAUGAGGGGGCCUAUCUGCUCGCCAGCCAGAUGGUGGACAAGUUCCAAACUAAAGAGGGAGCUCAGGAGGCUCUGCAGUACCUGAGCAGCCACCAGGAGAGGKCGCCGUCUGUUGUAAAAAACACCCAGGACACGCUGAGCCUGGAGUUUGAAGCUGUGCUCACACCUCAGCUGCAGUCCCAGAUUACCAUGGUGAAAGAGAAGCUGAGCUCAGUUCAAUGCAUGAUCAGAAACAGAGAGCAGUGUUUGAAGAAGCUUGCAGAUGUGCAGGUUCGACCCAUACAGCUGGUGGCGCCUCGGCCUGAACCGGAUCAGACCGUGCUCCGCUGCAAGUCUCCUCUCUUCUCCCCGAAACACGGUGUGGACUUCAAUGUCUUGAACUCAAAGUUCUCAUUUGAUCUCCUWCCUGGCAAAAGAGCUUCAAGGAGAAACAACAGCCCUCGCAAGAUUGAGGUGAUGCAUGAUUACCAAGGUAACCGCAGCUGCCUGUAUGGUCCCAACCCAGAAACUGAUUCAGAAGCAGAGGACAAUCCAGAGCAGGUCACACGGCACAUUAUGAAGGAACUGAUAGCUACGGAGAGGAUCUAUGUUGAUGAACUGCUCUCUGUUCUUCUGGGUUACAGGGCAGAAAUGGAGGACCCCUCCAUGUCUUAUCUACUUCCCUCGGCUCUUCGYUGCCAGAAAGAUGUUCUGUUCGGCAACAUGCCAGAGAUUUACCAGUUCCACAGCAGGAUCUUCCUCCAUGAUCUGCAGGCUUGCCUUGAAACACCAGAGAGGGUGGGGGCUUGUUUUCUGCAGCGGAAAGACAAAUUCCAGGUGUACGAACGUUACUGCCAAAACAAACCCUGCUCUGAGCUGCUCUGGAGGCAGUGCUCGGAUUCGCCGUUUUUCCAGGAGUGCCAGAAAAAGUUGGACCACAAGUUGGGCCUGGAUUCUUAUCUUCUGAAACCAAUCCAACGCCUCACUAAGUACCAGCUGCUGCUUAAGGUUUUAAUAUCCUACAGAAAUCUGUUUCACAUGAAUGAAAAAAAACAAAAACCCACUGAUAAUAUAAAGCUGUUUUAUAUCAUCCCUGUUUUUCUCCAGAUGAGCACAGUGGCCAUCACAGAAACUGUGAAAGGAGAUGUYAAGAAAUUUGAAAUCUGCUACAGUGGCAGAGAAGUUGUUUAUUUAGUUCAGGCUCCCACAGUGGAGGUCAAAGUUGCCUGGCUGAACGAGAUUCAAAAAAUACUGGCCAACCCACAGAAACUACGACAAGAUGAAGAUUCUUCUCUUGCUCUUCCAGACAACCUUCUCUCUGACAGCACAUCAGAGAUGUGUGUGUCGUGGGGCGCUGCGCCGGUGGGAGGCUGCUCAGCGUGUCUUCCUGUUCCUCACAGUUCCUCAGCAACAAGCCACGCCCACAAGUACAGAGGGGAGGAGUCGACGCAUUCGAGCCCCGCCCACUCAGACCCUGUGGUUCACUCGCCUCGACGUAGUUGGCCUGCUCCUGCUCACUCUGUGGCGAUCUGCGAGGGCCUGGAGGACUGGGGUGCAACAGACCUCUCUGCCUUAUCCGACUCGGAUGAGGAGGAUCAGCCCUCCCCACUGGUGGCRGGCAGGUACAGGGUCAUGGUAGAAAGCAGCAUGGCCAGCUCUGAUGACAUCAUAUUUAACUGCGGCGAUGUCAUCCAGCUGCUUUAUGAGGAUUCGUCAGGAGUGUGGAUGGUGRAGAAUAUCAGUCGUGGUGAAGAAGGUCRAGUUCAGCCUGAGGACUUGCACAGGAUUCUGGGAGAGAGUUGCUGAGAGCCAAUCAAAAGCUAGAAAACUCACAUCAUCCAUUCAUUUCCUAAACAAAUGCAGGCAUCUGCUUCAGUCAAGUCAGACUGAAACACUCCAUCAGCCGCUUAUUCGACUUGAAAGAGCCGUGACAGAAGCUGUGUACUACAGGACUGACCUCAGAGGAAUGUAAAAAUUGAAAGCACAUACAAGCCAUUUUUAUCUACCUGCUCUAGCAAAGAUGCAGACGAAUGUUUGGACUGGACUGGUUUGGUGGGUCCUCCGCAUACUUCCUAUAUGGACUUUUAUUUAGGAUGUUGUAUAAAUAAUAUUUUCUUAUGACAUAUUUAAAAAACACAAGCAGAUAAUUAUGUACAUAUCAUCUGUGUGCCAAACAGCAAAGCUGAUCACUGCAGCUUCUUUUUCUGACAUGUUUUUGAGUGAGACCUGUUUUCUUCUACUAUAGAAAGCACAUCCUGUAACAUUAUGGGAUGGAUUCUUUUGAUGUGCAAAGAAGUUGCCACAUUAGCUUUGCCCCUGUAUUCAGCCAUAGGUGUUAUCUGAGAAGCUCUGACUUCUUUAGUCCAUUCACAAAACAUACAAAGCAAGAUUGUGGGGAUGCAGCUGUGGUAGCUCUUCCAUGCUGCUGGUCUCUGAUCAAACUUACCACAUCAUCACAUCCACACCAGCAGUCUGUCCUGUCGCUGCUCUGACUUUACCUAGGAGGCUAGACUUGCUCCAUAGCAAUAAAUAACAACAUCAUUGAACAAAGUGAUCAGUAAUGCUUUGGGUUCCCUAUGAAAUAKGAAGUGCUGAUACCUCAAAAUGUUUUCAGGAAAGUGAAAGGAAGGAGUAGGGUAAGGCUAAGGUGCAAUCAGCUGUUUGUAUGGUUCAUGUUACUCAUUUUUAAUUGUAAAAGUGCAACUUAUAAAGAAGAACUUCAGGGUUCAAAACCUCAGUUUGCAUUUUGUGAUUACGAUUCCUUCUGGUUGCACAUAUGCAUACAGAUCAUUGAACAGAUCAUUGCCCAGAAAGGUAGUCAUGCAGUAAGAUCAGGUUUGACGUCAACCUGAGAGGAGGUUUUGUAAACUUGCGACAGAAUUUCUUGUCAAGCUGCAUUUACCUGGCACAAAGAGGACACAACAACCAAGAGGUUGUCUUAAUUUCUUUCAGGCACCAUAAUACUUUUCCCACUUCUUGUUGACAUUUUGUUGCAUGUAAAAAAUUACCUCUUCACACCUCAAUGUUUUAUAAUGACUGGCAAUGAGUUUUGUUUCUGCAGGUCACCAAAUAAUAAGAUAAUCUGACAAAACUUUGGCAGAGUAAAGCCACAAGRUAAUUUAUCGGAGUCAGCUCUCAUACAGGUGCACAUUAGCAAUAUGUUGAUCUUUGUACAAUCUGCAUCUAUGUCAGUGGUUCUUCCUUCGUCUUAAAAAUAUCAAAUAAAAGGAUGGCGUUUUGCAUGCAAUCACGCAUGCUAACCAUAAAGAUGUUUUAUUGUAAUUCAUGAUCAUAUACAUAGAUGCAUUCUGAGGAMAAGAUUGAUUUAUUUACAGUAAAACUUCUAAGGGCAUAAUGAUUGGCAAGUUUAACUUUAUUCAGUUUUGUUUAGUAAUCCGUGAUAUUAUGCAUUCUGCCAAUCAGGAACCAUUCUGUAAGAGAGAAACGUUAUUCACAACACAACAUUUCUCAUAUUAUACCAUGUGAACAAAGAAGGGAGGAAAGUAAACCUAAUGCUACAAUACUGCUCAGUAAUCUAGAACUGGAAAAAACACAGGAAAAUAGACUAAUAUUUAAAAUUAUUGUAACUCCCAUCUUUUUUUAUUUGUCCUCCAUCCAUUCUUUGUUUUUGCUUUAUUCUCCUCAAAGUGGCAAAGAAAUCCAUUUCAGGUCUUUUAAUUCAUUUUUUUGUUCCUUUUCAAACUUUAUUAUUUGAUUGCUGCYUAUUAAUGUAUUCUGAGUAAUCACAAAUGUAUUUGUUCCUUGCCGGGCUUUGCUGCUAGAACRUAUGAAAAUGUUUCUUGUCCYCCUCACAUUCUUCUGUCAAGCUCAGUGUUUUAUUGUUUUCCUUGUGGCUCUGUGUGGACAAAUACCUCUCUAUAGAUUUGCACUUACUUUUAGCUUUAUUUUUGCCUCCUCUGCUGUUUUACACACACAGACCCGUGUUUAGUGUCGGCUAUAACUGUAAAAAAAAGAAAUGUAACCAAAGAUGAAUGGGAUGAAGAAACAGACAGACGGUUUACUGCCUCUGUAAAAACUGCCAGGACCGACUUUUCCAUUGUCACGAAUCUUGUCUAACUAAUGGUUUUUCACUGUAAAAGUGUAAAAAGUGGGCACUAAAACAUUGCCACUUAUAAAAACAUGACACUUUUUGAGACAGCUAAAUUCAAAUGUGAAUAUGUAAAUACAAAGAUUAUUACUAGUUUAGUAUCUAAAAUGUAUCUAAAUAGAUAACUUAGGCAGUCAAAAACKUAUCGACUGAUAAAUAGGCUAAAAAUACACAAUAUUAGUUAUAUCCUAAAAAAACCGUAACCCUUCCAGUAGUACCAAAUUCAAGAUUAACUUCACCAGUGAAACUAGAUUUUAGAUUUAAUCUCUGUAUUUAACACCUACAUUGGACUGUAGCUACUUCUUUGUGAGAUUUUUCAAACCAACUCAGAGGUUAGAAACRAUUUUGUUCUGUCAGGCUUCUUGAACUUGACCUUGUUUGCUGCAUUUGCUCACUUUGCACUUUUUUCUAUCCUGUGAAACAUUGAACAAGCUUGUAUUAUAAUGCCUGUAAUUGUUUUGCAAAAUGUAAGCACAUGGUUAUGUCAUUUGAUUCCGCCUGGUUGAUGUGUCUAAGGGGUUUAUUUCAACUCCUCUUCUGAUGUUAUGGGUCUUUGCAGAAAAACUCAACUUCAUAAAAUCACACAAAGAUGUUUUAAUUUCUUAUUGCCUAAUAAAAYAUAAUCYCAGCGUU